AGAGGGGAACACGUCAACCUCGACGCAAAUGUUACCGAACACACGCGGGAAAUAGUUGCGUCUUUAUCGUGAAUUAAUAUUAUAUUAAUUUUGUAAAUUUUUCAUUGAAUAUUACGUGGAAAACUGUUCAUAAUGGGUGUCAGUGCGCGGAUUUAUGUCUCGUUCCUUCUGAUAUCUGCUGUAGUUGCUGUUCCCGCGGGAGACCAUAGGAAGGCUACUCUAAAUAUAGAUGACACAAAAGACUUGAAUGCAGAAUCAUCAGAAAUAAUAUCAGAAGCAGUGGCACCACCUCCUGGUCUUGUACAACAGUACCAGGAGCCUGAAGCUGCAGCCACAGACGACCACACUGACCACUCCAUAGAACUCGUUGGAGGCUCACAGACAUUCUUCCCGACAUUCGCUAACCUCUUCGAACCACGCCAACAAAACAACUUCAGACUCGGCGGCUUCGGCAACCAAGAAGGAGCCUACAGUCAAAGACCCAACUCCUACAGAUCUUUACUAAAUUAUCCUCUGUUCGGAGGCUACAAUAGGAACUUAGAAAACUUCGGUAAACACAGCACACCCACCGCAGCUCCGCUCGUCGAAGCGAGCUCAAGUUUGCUUGGUUCAGGAAACUUUGGAAUCAUCAGAGGCGGAACAUUCUUCGCUCAGAACGAUGAAGAUGAAUUCGGAGAUGGAUACAACUCUUACUACAAUAACGGUCAUGGUAGACCUUCAUACGAACUUGGGUACAUAGCGAAUCCUAGACCGAAUUACAACCAAGACCAGUUUGCAAACUUCAGAGACUUCGCGGACAUCAACACUCCUUCCAACUCAGCUUACUCUCACUACGUAGUUGUGUACGCAAACAAGAAUUCCACAAUGGACGAAAUCAGUGAGGAAACGAGAAGAGUAUUAUCCAAGCCUAAGAAUAUAAUUGAGACGCUAGAAAGAAUUGACAAAACAACAAGCGCACCAAAGUUAUCGAAAGCCAAAUCAAAAUUGGAGGCGACAAAGCAGAAAAUGUUGAACAAAAAAGAGCAAUGGAAAAAAACUAACUCAAAAUUCGUCAGUCAAAAACAUGAUGCGGAAGAACCUUUACUAGCGUUAAGUUAAUUUAGUGUAAAUACAAAGACUUGCGUUAUGUAAGUGAUUGAAUUAAGUGAAGUACCAGUAGGUGAUGUCAGUGAAGUGUCGCACUCUGAGUGUGAUGAGAGAGCUGGUUGUCUAAAUUUAAUUAUAAAUAUAAGUUUGUGGACAAAUUGUGUAAAUGGUUUCGUGCACAUGCGAUGAAUGUUUGCAAAUGAUUGUAAAUGUAUUAAUAUUAAUGA